CCUCCAUUGCUUUGCACUCAGACAUACAAAUCAGUCCUUGCAACUUCAAAGUCUUUUGAGCCGAUCAUCAUCAGAUCCAAAUCAUAAUCCAACAACACUAGUGACAUGGCAUCCAGAGGGAUCAUGAUGGGCCUGGUCCUCGUGCUCGCCGCCGCGAUGUGGCCCCGGUCCGCAGCCCAGUCAGGGUGCACCACCACCCUCACGAGCCUCGCGCCGUGCCUCAACUUCAUCACCGGGAAUUCGUCCACCCCCUCGUCCUCGUGCUGCUCCCAGCUCGCCAGCGUCGUCCAGGCGUCCCCCCGGUGCCUCUGCUCGGUCAUGAACGGCGCCGCCCCGGUGUUUGGCAUCACCAUCAACCAGACCCUCGCCAUGGCGCUCCCCAACGCUUGCAAUGUGAAGACCCCACCGAUCAGCCAGUGCAAUGCGGUCGCUAAUGCGCCGACAGCGGCCGGCGUGGGUGCACCAGAGGAGCCUCCUGUGGCCUCGCCGGAGGGUUCUCCAGCAGAGUCUUCCAACGACACACCAAAUGCUGCAGCACCAGCUGCCUCAACUACUCCUUCAGGAACAGGAGGGUCUAAAGCCGUGCCGUCGACGAACGGGAACACAUCUGAUGGAAGCAUUGCAAAAGCUCAACUUCAUCUCGCCGCAUUGGUCUUCCUCGUGGCUUCGAUCUUCAAGAGAUUCUGAAUCAUACAGUUUUAAGAUUCGGAUCGUGUUGUGUUCGUUUGUUUAAUCAUUCUUUAUGGCGUACCUCGCCUUGCGUGUAUGUAUUGAGAAUUAUUCAGGCUGCCUCCACUUACGGCGGUGCAAUGUACUGUAACUCCGCGCCAGAAGUAGUUCUGGGUGGUUGUAUGUGGCUUUGUCGUUUGUCGAAAUGAAUUCUUUUCUGCUAGUUCAAUCAAUGGAAGUCUCAGUGAUUUCA